GGUGAUUUUUUGAUAUACGGUAAUAUCAGAUGACUUUCCAAACUUGAUAAUCCGAAAUCUGAACCCUUUAUAAACCGAGAUUCAUCCACAGACACCAUCAUUCAGAUAUUUUGGAGAUACUCGCUUUACAAUUGGAUCUGACAUUCCUUUAUUGGUGAAUCAUGAAGUGCCUCGCCCUGUUUGCUCUUUUUGCUGUUGCCGCAGCUAGGCAUUCGCUAUUCGAUCCAGAACUGAAUGAACACUGGGAAAACUUCAAGAAAGUAUUUGGAAAGAACUACAAUGAGAGAGAAGAAGUGACCAGGAGACAAAUCUGGGAACGAAGGCUGGCCGACAUUGUCCGACACAACCUUCGCUACGAUCUCGGACUUCACUCCUUCAGAAAGGGCCUCAAUGAAUACUCUGAUCUGGAACACGAUGAGUUCGUGAAAACCUUCAAUGGCUACCGUCGUCAACCUGGUCAUAAAUCCAACGGAACCACAUGGGUGCCGGCUUUCAAUGCCAACAUUCCUGAUCAGGUAGACUGGAGGGACAAGGGAUUGGUAACACCUGUUAAGAACCAGCAACAAUGCGGUUCCUGCUGGGCCUUCUCUACCACUGGUUCUCUGGAAGGUCAACACAAAAAGAAGACAGGCCAAUUGGUUUCACUCAGUGAACAGAACCUGGUAGAUUGUUCUGAACCAGAAGGCAACCAAGGAUGUGAAGGAGGUUUGAUGGACCAGGCUUUCCAAUACAUCAAGGACAACAAGGGCAUUGACACAGAAGACUCGUACCCAUACACUGCUGAAGACGGAACUUGCCACUUCAAACGAUCUGCCGUCGGUGCAACUGUCACUGGCUAUGUUGACAUUCCAACCGGAGAUGAGGAAGCUUUAAAGAAAGAAGUUGCCACUGUUGGACCCAUUUCAGUUGCCAUUGAUGCCAGUCACGACAGUUUCCAAACCUAUCAGGAUGGUGUCUAUGACGAAUCCGAAUGCAGUUCUGAACAACUCGACCAUGGUGUUCUGGUUGUAGGCUAUGGCACUGAAGACGGAUCUGAUUAUUGGUUGGUUAAGAACAGCUGGGGAACCACCUGGGGCAUCAAGGGAUACAUUAAGAUGGCAAGGAACAAGGAUAACCAGUGUGGUAUUGCCACCCAAGCCAGUUACCCAUUAGUUUAAUGCAUUCAAGACAAGGACUGUGGUUUUUUAUGUCAUAGAUUUAGGACAUUUUCUUGUUAUAUGUACGAUUGAAAUGAAAAUUGUGCAUACUUUGUUACAUAAUAUUAUUUUUGAUAAAAGAUUUUAAUAAAAAUUA